AUGGCGUCCAGUAAUGGCAACUUUCCAGAUGUCAGAAGUUUGAGAAGUGUAAAGAGCAGUCAGACUUUGAAAGUAGCAAACCAAGGGUUAAAACUCGGGUCUAAGGGUGCUGCUUCACCGACGCUAUCUGUGAACUUGGGGAACACAAUUGGUGACACGUCGCUGCUUCCUACAGGCAAUGACGACAGUCAAUACGAGGAUAACAGUGGUGGCAGUCUCCCGAGAAUCCUAUCCAUUGGUAACCUCUCAGUGAUGGAUAACUCACUGCGGUCACUUUCAUCUGCAAAGAGGUACGGCACUGCAUCGAACAGCAUUUCAAGAGAAAUCACAAGGGAUACAGCGACGAGUGGACCAGCUCCGAUAAUACAAAACGACGCUGAUGUGUAUGGGACGAACACUCCCCUGAAUACAACACCGUUUGAUCGGAAUACCGAUGUCGGUGGCGCUCCCGAAAAUCUGAUAGACAUGCUUGCAGAGAGCAUAUACUCGUAUGCGCCCUCGAUGAUCAACGGGAAAAGUGCUGGGGCGAAGCGGCCAUACGUGAGCAACGAGAUACCGAAUGUGUUCAGCGUUACCGAGCGCGACGUGAUAGACCAGGACUCGAACAGCGCGUUGAACAAACAAGACAAGAACUUCCUCAUCAUAUCGUACGCUGGGAAACCGAUAUAUGCCAUGCAUGGGCGGGAUGAGCAAGUGGUAUCCUUCUCAGGGAUCAUCAACACUAUUGUGAGUUACUUCCAGGUGAAUAACGAGGACAGUAUUAAGACCAUCACGUCGACUAACACGGGCCAGAAAUUUGCCUUUCUCAACAAGGACCCGAUUAUCCUCAUGGCGUACUCAACUAGGGGGGAGACUACGAGUGAGCUGCUGGAUCAGUUGGAUUUUUUGUACUCGUAUUUGCUUUCAUCUGUGACGGAGAGGCAACUGCACAAGUUGUUCUCGAGAAGGUCGAACUUCGAUCUGAGAACUUUCCUGGAGCACACGGAUUUUGAGAACCUGAAUGAUCUGUGUUUGCAGAUCACAAACCGGCUGUACCCUGACUUGUUACUGAACGCGUUACAGAGUAAUCCGUUGCGCAAGAGUGUACGUGCGAAGAUCCACGACGCGAUCUUGAACCAGCUCUCUGGGGACUCCGAUUUGAUCCCAAGGGGCACGCUCCUCUACGGUCUGCUACUUUCGACGCGGCAGAGCAAGCUUACCGCUGUAGUGCGGCCCCGCGGUCACACGUUGCACACGACGGAUCUCCAGUUGCUAUUCUGUCUCGUGCGGCGACACAUGGAGAGCGGCAGUGCUAGCAAAGAGUUCUGGAUUCCCGUUUGUUUCCCCAAAUUCAACUCGACAGGGUUCCUCUACGCGUACAUCCGGUUCUUGUCCCCCGAGGACAAGUCCGCGAUGGUUCUGAUUAGUGCGCAGAAGGACGCAUUCUUCAAGUUGAAGUUGUUCGGGGACCGACUGUGGGAGCGGCUUGUAUCGGAUAAACUGACCACGUACAUUGUCCCCCGUGGUGGCGGGUCUGCCCGGUGUGGGUUCCGAGUCAGGGACAUCCCUGCUCCUCUGGUGCACCACUUCGUUUACAAGUCUCGGAGGUUUGUGCAGUACGUGAUGCCCGAGGUGGAUUACAAUGUGAGCGGCAAUAACCCCUUCUUGGACGAAAGUGAGUCUUCGGGGGACCCCGAGGGGGUUGUUGAAUACCAGCGGAAAUUGCAGUCAUACUACCAGCAGUUGCACGACAGUGUGGUGUACGAUGACGGGGAUCCUAUUAACAAGUCGAUGCUGAGCUUUGUGAAGUGGAGUUGCCACGGUGCAUCCGUGGAGGUUGUUGGGCUUGCCUGGGUAACGCCCCAGUUCGAGUUGUACUUGCUUUGCAACGACGGUGUACGGGGCAAAGAGGUUGCUCUGAGGAGUGCGAGGCGGGUAGUCUCCUGGUGUCGUAAGCACGAGGCGCGGCUGUUCAUCCACGACGGGGCCGUGUUUUGA